AGAACACACUUGGUCAGUGUGUGUCUCCUGUGGUUACUUGGAUCCGGGUUCUUUGAUUUUUAAAAUAAUACAAAAAAGUUUCAAUGACAUGGCGCACAACACUUUGCCGUGACAAUCGUGACAUGUUUCAAAAUAAUUUUAGAUGUUUACAAAUAAGUUAGCUUUGCCGAUAUUUUAAAUUAAAUCAUGCCGUUUUAUAGAAAACCAAGGAACUUCACGCCGUUAUUAAUUGCUGCCGAAAAGAAAGCAGUCAAGAACGGCUUACACCAUUCAAUAUUUACGUCGAGGUUUGAUAAAUAUGUUGGUGAAUGGAAUAAAGACUUGAAAGAAGGCAAAGGUUUAUUUCAUACAAUCACUGGAAAAUUGUACGAAGGAGACUGGUAUAAAGGUUUCAGACAUGGUUUUGGGACGCUCAGCCACAAAAAUCUAAAUGGGACCUAUAGUUUAGAAUACCGUGGUGAAUGGAUACGUGGCAAGCCAGAGGGGAUUGGGUGGCGGUACUAUGAGAACGGGGACGUUUACUUUGGCUACUGGAAAAGGGGCCAGCGACACGGGUAUGGCAAGAUGUGGUACAAGAAUGGGACAUUUUACGUGGGUUAUUGGAACAUGAGCAAGAGGGAGGGGCUUGGUAUGUUUAUACAGGAGAACGGCAACCGCUACGAAGGGCAUUGGGAGGGCAACAUCAAACACGGGCUAGGCCGGUUCUACCACAUGCACACGGGGCAACUGCAGGAAGGCUGCUGGGUCCACAACGUGUGCGUAAAGUCCAAGGUGUCGGACAUCAUCAUACGCCAGUGCUGCGAACGACCCACGGAGUAUUCCAUACCACCGGAAGGGCUACAAGAUUCAGGAAAAAUUUUAGAGGAAAGUGAAUUUUGGCUAAAUCAAAAGAUAGGUGAAAUAGAUAAAAAACUCAAAUUUUGUAUAGAUCAAAUGUAUUAGGUUUUCGGUUAACAAAACAAUUAAGUAGGUAUGUAUACAAUUGAAUAUUAUACAUAGGCAUAAUAUUAUUAUUAGCUAUAAAAUUUUAUGUAGACACUACUUAAUAUGAACAAAUAUGUCUUAAAUACUAAAUUUAAAUUGAUUUAAUACAAGUCAUUAAUAUAUCACAGAGUACCUUAUUUUAUUGGUUUAAAUAAAAUACAAUCAUUACAUCAAUAUUAUUGCUUGAUUUUAAUAUGACGAAUUGGUACAUGCCAGCAAAAUUUGUCUUAGGUAAGUAAUUUAAAUACACCGGACAUCACAGAUAUAGAUAUAUCUGUGCCGGACAUCUUAAACCUGAUGAUUGCUUCAGUCAUUAAAAAAGGCACAAUUUUAAUAAAAACUUACAAAAAACAGUAUUUCUACGUUAUUUGUACAACAGAAUUUAUACUAGAUAUAAAAGCAAGACGAAUUCUAUGCUUAGUGUUAUGGUAACAUACAACAUGCACCAUGAGGUGACACGCACGACUAAUCUAGUAUCAUAUGCCACCCCGUUGACAAUUAAUGAUGUGGUGGCAUACGGGAAUAAAGGACACGUGACAAUUGUGUCGCCUUUUUACAAUCUUAGCAGAACUUAAAUUAGGUUUUUGGCAAAUACAAUGAUUUUACAACCGAUUUUCCUUAAUAAGUAGCUAGCCGAAUUGACCAUGGCUAAAUUUAGGCACCAAACCAACAUCUUUGUGAUCUAAUGAUUGCCGGUUUUUUACAUGUAUUCAUUAUUGGGCUAACGAGUGUGGUAUGUCAAGCUCGUUGGCUUUAAAUCAUUUAUUGAGCCGUAAUAGGAACAAUGGGAGGUCACGCACAUCUGACUCAACCAGAAGACUGAUGGGUCAGACAAUAAGUCGUCUUUAUGUUAUAAAAAGAGCGUAAAUUUUCAAAAGGGAAGAAAUCACAAUAGCCACGCGAAAUACUUGUAACAAAUAGUGAUUAAGUUUACAAAUCGUACGUGAAUCGUCGACCAGCCUCUCCUAUGCAUAGUAACACUCGUGCUAAAUUCUUUAAUACACAACAGUUACGUAGCCAAGCGAUUACGUACGAAUUUGAAUAUGUGGCGAAUGUUACUUUGAAAGUAUAAAAUAAAGUAAAACAUAGAAAGAAAAUAAUAUUCCGUCUGCUGUCACAGUUGCUACCGUUUAUUUAAAAGAUACGGUCUCUCUUUAAUUAAAUUACCACAUAAAUAAAAUGUUUCACAAGAUAAUUCUGAAUGUUAAGCAAAGUAUCAACAUGUCUCAAAUUAUUAGCUACAUGCCCACUAAUUAAAAAUGAUGUCCAAGGCACUGUAAUCUGUAAUUAAAAGAUGUCUUAGCUAAAUAUUGAUUAAUAAGGCUUAGUCGAAUUCUAGAUAGACACAUUACAUAAUAAUUAUAAGAAUGAAAAGAUUCGAUUUGAAAGUGAUAGCGCAUGAUAGAUCUUUAGAAAUCCAUACAGGAUUAUAUCUAUUGAAUUCCGAAUACCCCUUCACCCGGCUACUAAUGGGGGUUUGGAUAGUGCUACAUAUUUUACUACAAAAUGUCAUGAGAGGUGAUAACAUCCCUGUAAUAACAUAAGGAAAGGUCUAGAAAAAACGCGAACACACAAAUAACAAUAAAAUUACAUAGCAUAAAACCAUAAAAGUACCACCUGUUUCAAUGAAGUACCUAACAUAAGUAAUUUGUUUGUCUUUAUUAAUUACUGACUCACACAACUUGUCGCAUAUUAAUUAUCUUUUGCAUUUCGCAGUAUUUAGGAACAAUAAUAUGCAAUUGCUCACAUAAACGAGACAUUAACACUGUGAGAUUCGUUGUCAUGUCAAAAAACAAGAAUAAGUAUAGGUUUACUUAAUAAUCUUUGCAUAAUAUGUCUAUUGUGAGAUUAUAAUAAUAACUAUAAUAGUAA